ACACAAAAGGAACAGGAGACACAAAAACUAAAGUUAGGCGUUGUCGUUCAUUGAAUCUGUAAGAGAGAGAAGAAGAAGAAGAAGAAGAAGAGAGUCAAUUUGUGUGUUUCUCGUUAGGAGAAGAGAGAGAAAGAGGAAGACUUUGACUCGUCUUCUUCCCCUCUCUCUAUCAUUGCAUCUAGUUUCUUCACACCGAGUCCCUGAGAGAUUUGAUUAGAUGGGGAACUGUUGUGGCAGUCCGAGCUCGGCUACGAUAGAGAGUGGACAUGGGAAACCUAAGAACAAAAACAAUCCCGAGUACACUGCAGCAAAUGGAUCUGGAGCUGGCUUUAAGCUCUCCGUGUUGAAAGAUCCAACAGGACAUGAUAUUUCUUCGCAGUAUGAUCUGGGAAGGGAGGUUGGUCGAGGAGAGUUUGGUGUGACUUACUUGUGUACCGAUAUCCAGACAGGUGACAAGUACGCUUGCAAGUCCAUAUCGAAGAAGAAGCUGAGAACAGCGGUGGACGUAGGGGAUGUGAGGAGGGAGGUUGAGAUAAUGAAACAUAUGCCUAAACACCCCAACAUUGUCUCUUUGAAGGAUUCCUUUGAGGAUGAUGAUGCGGUUCAUAUAGUUAUGGAGCUGUGUGAAGGAGGGGAGCUGUUUGAUCGGAUUGUUGCGAGAGGACAUUACUCUGAGAGGGCUGCUGCUGCGGUUAUGAAGACUAUUGUUGAAGUUGUUCAGAUAUGCCAUAAGCAGGGAGUGAUGCAUAGGGAUCUUAAACCAGAGAACUUUCUUUUUGCUAAUAAGAAAGAGACUUCGGCUCUUAAGGCUAUUGACUUUGGUUUAUCUGUCUUCUUUAAACCAGGUGAGCAGUUUAAUGAGAUUGUUGGAAGUCCUUAUUACAUGGCACCAGAGGUGCUGCGACGAAACUAUGGACCUGAGAUAGAUGUCUGGAGCGCAGGAGUCAUCCUCUAUAUCCUUCUUUGUGGUGUCCCUCCAUUUUGGGCAGAGACUGAACAAGGGGUGGCUCAAGCGAUCAUUAGGUCAGUCAUUGACUUCAAGAGAGAUCCAUGGCCAAGAGUUUCCGAAAGCGCCAAAGACCUUGUGAGAAAGAUGCUUGAACCUGAUCCCAAGAAACGGCUUUCUGCUGCAGAAGUACUUGAACAUUCUUGGAUACUGAAUGCAAAGAAGGCUCCGAAUGUGUCUCUUGGGGAGACUGUGAAAGCAAGGCUCAAGCAGUUUUCCGUUAUGAACAAGCUCAAGAAACGAGCUCUAAGAGUGAUAGCUGAACACUUGUCAGUGGAGGAAGCAGCUGGGAUAAAGGAAGCAUUUGAAAUGAUGGACGUUAACAAGAGAGGCAAGAUAAACCUCGAGGAGCUUAAAUACGGACUUCAAAAAGCUGGACAACAGAUUGCUGAUGCGGAUCUUCAGAUUCUCAUGGAAGCUACUGAUGUUGAUGGGGAUGGGACACUGAACUAUGGAGAGUUCGUGGCUGUUUCUGUACACCUGAAGAAGAUGGCGAAUGAUGAACACUUGCAUAAAGCGUUUAACUUCUUUGAUAAGAACCAGAGUGGUUACAUAGAGACAGAAGAGCUUCGUGAGGCUUUGAAUGAUGAGUUGGAUGAAACUAGCAGUGAGGAAGUCAUCGCUGCCAUCAUGCAAGAUGUUGAUACUGACAAGGACGGGCGUAUAAGCUAUGAAGAGUUUGCAGCGAUGAUGAAAGCUGGGACAGAUUGGAGAAAAGCGUCACGGCAGUAUUCCAGGGAAAGAUUCAACAGUUUGAGCCUCAAGUUAAUGAGAGAUGGUUCAUUGCAAUUAGCAGGUGAGGCCUAAGAAGUAAAGAAAAGCUUGGAUCUUUCCUGAAUGGCCCACAAUGAAAGAGACAUGGUUAUGUUUUAAAAAGCAAUUUUAACACGGUAAUGACAGAGAAGAAUCAGAAGAAGAUUGGUAUUUGGUUUCUCCUUUUUUUUUUGUUUUCUUUCUCACGUGUUUUAGAGUUUCAAUUGUUUGAAGUUGUUUGUUCAUUGGAUGAUGAUAGGCCAUGUGGUUUGAUGACGAUGUCGACAAGUUUCUGAGUUUCCAAAGAUGAGUUCUUUUUAUUUUUU